GUUAGCUAGCUAACAGUUACUGAAACUAACUACUAGCGAUCUUUUUUAUGCUUGUUAUGAAGCAUUCUGCCAUAAAACAUUAAAACUACACGUUAAUCUAAGGCAGCGUUUCUCAAAGUGUGGGGCGCGCCCCACUAGUGGGUCGCGUGGGUAUUGCAGGUGGGGCGCAGGGAAUCGGGAGAAAUAAACCUUUUUAAACUUGUCCUUUAAAUGCCUUUUUGUUUUGCCAAUAAAAGGGGCGAGGGCGCGGCGGGCAUAAGCCCCGGAUGUUUAAAAUGUCGGCGGAACAACGUAAACAGUACAACAGAGCAGUAGAGGUGUGUACAAAAUGGACAAAUUUGUUACAAGGACCACAAAAGUUGGCGAGUCCGCGCCAACAGAGAAACAGAAGACAGACGGGCCAAAUCAAUCGAAAUGCCAACCAAAAAGAAGGUAUGAUGAGGCAUAUCUUGCUUUUGGAUUCACUGUAGCUGAGGUGGGAGAUGAGGAGCGACCCAUGUGUGUUCUGUGUCUUAGACAAUUGGCAGCAGACAGUAUGAGACCUAACAAAUUGCGCAGACACUUGGAGACCUCACACCCAGCUCACGCUGAUAAGCCCAUCAAUUUUUUUCAACGAAAACUCGCAGAAUACCGUCAGCAGGAAAAGCGAAUGGUGAAAGCUGCGUCAGUGAAUAGUAAAGCACAAAUGGCAUCUUACAGAGUUGCAUAUAGAGUCGCCCAGUGCAAAAAACCACACACAAUAGCUGAGCAACUUAUUCUCCCCGCUGCUGUUGACAUGGUGUCAGUUAUGCUGGAUGAGAUAAGCGCUGCAAAGUUGAAAACAAUCCCCCUGUCAAACGACACAAUUGCGAGGCGUAUUUGCGACAUUUCCAAUGAUCUUGAAGCACAACUCAUUGACAAACUGAAAGAAAAUCGUUUUGCAAUACAAGUGGACGAAGCCACAGACAGCAGUAAAAACUGUUUGUUCAUUUCGUAUGUCCGCUUUGUAAAUUCGGAGUCACUGACAAUGAGCGAGGAUUUGCUCUUUUGCAAAUCCGUGCAAACAAGAGCCACGGCUGAGGAGCUUUUCAAGAUUAUGGACAGCUACUUCACAGAACAUGAGCUGAAAUGGGAAAACUGUGUGGGCUUUUGCUCUGAUGGUGCACAAACUAUGGCAGGGAAAAGGAAAGGACUCCAGGCAUUAGUCAAAAGGGCUGCACCAGACGCGCAGUGGACGCACUGCAUCAUCCAUAGGGAAGCGCUGGCUUCCAGGCAGCUCAGCCCCGAACUAAACGAGGUUUUGACAGCAGUUGUGGAUGUGAUCAAUUUCAUCAAAACGCGACCUCUGAAAGCGCGACUGUUCUCCGCUCUAUGUGAGGAGAUGGGCGCUGAUCAUACAGCUGUGCUAUUUCACAGCGAAGCAAGGUGGCUCUCCCGAGGAAAAGUGUUGUCGCGCGUCUUUGAGCUCAGAACGGAGAUUCGGGUGUUUUUGGAAGAAGAGCGCAUGUAUGAAGCAGCGGGCAAAUUUGGUGAUCAACCAUUUCUAAUGAAACUGGCUUAUCUCAGCGAUGUAUUUGCAAAGCUGAAUGAAUUAAAUCUUCAGCUUCAAGGCAGAGACAAGCACCUACCUCACCUUGCAGACAAGAUAACUGCAUUCAUCCGAAAGCUCGAAGUGUGGGGCAGGCGCCUCGACCAAGGAAAUACUGAUGUCUUUGAGAAUCUGACUGAAGUUGCUGAAACCGUUGAUUCUGGAGCCACCACAGUGAUUCCAUGCAUACAACAGCACAUCAGUGCAUUGAGAGGAUUGUUUCAAAAAUACUUUCCAAAUAGUGCUGCUCAGUAUGACUGGAUUGUGGACCCGUUUAAUGCAGCAGCACCAGCUGAGUUUAGCUCUGCCACAGAGGAACAACUGAUUGAGCUGACCUCUGACUCCACCCUGAGACUAAGAUUUACAUCUGAGCCUCUCAGUCACUUCUGGCUUGAAGUGGAAAGGGAGUAUCCACUCGUUGGGCAGAGAGCUGUGGACAUUCUUCUUCCCUUUGCCACAUCCUAUCUCUGUGAGAUUGGCUUUUCAGCUGUUACUUCACUGAAAACAAAGUACAGGUCUCAGCUUAAUGUUGCACAUGACUUGAGAGUGGCAGUAUCAAGCAUGCAACCCCGUUUUGAAAAGAUGUGUAGUGCAAAACAGGCUCACUGCAGUCACUGAUGCUGUGAUAAGGCAUAGUCAUUCGUCAUUUUUUGUCACUUUGUUCUGCCUUUGCUCUUUUUUUGCACAGAUUGAAAAUGAAGAAACUAAACCAUAAUUUAGUCAUUGGUCAUAUUCAUUUGUUGUUUUUUGUCAUUUUGUUCUGCCUUUGCUCUGCACAUAUUGAAAUUGGAUAAAUUAACCAAAACUUAGUAGGCCAAUUUUCUGUAUUUUUUUUUUAUUUUGAACAUUGAUGUUAAUAUUUUAGAGUGUUAUAAUGUUAACCUUCUGCUUAAGAGACAAAUUGAUGUUACUUAAUAAAUUAAUUGUAAAAUUUAAAA